AGAGACGCUCAAUGCUAGCUUUGUACUGUAUAGUCAUGUUUUGAAUUGCACGAAGACCACAACUCACCUGUUGGUUGAAGGGUGUUAAAAGAUGGCUGACCUAGGUGUGCUGAAGUCAACACCAGGUGGCCAUGAUUUCCUGUAUGAUUUCUCCACCACCCUCCACCAGAUGAUGGGGGACCUAGAUUUCUCCACCUGUCGGGGGUCAGACGAGUCGGACUGGGACGAGAAUACCUUCUGUACCCCGGACACAGUCGACCAGUGCAUCUCCUUUCUCAACCAGGAAUUACUGUCGCUGGGAUUCCAAGCUUUGUCCUAUGAUAACCAGAGUAAGAUGAGCUGUCUGAUCAAUCGUCUCUACCAGUUACUCCGUCUCAUUCAGAGACAUGGUCGAUCAAAGGAGGAACUGGAAAAUAGACUACACCGCCUCAACAGUGAAUGUGAGCACUACCAACACACCAUAGCCCGGCUGAAGACAGAGAGAGAGAAACUUCUUAGAGAUGUGUAUGUGGAGCAGGAGAAAAGCCGUCAGCUCCUGGUCAAACACAAGGCCUCUACUGGCAAGCUCAAGUCAGAGAAGGAGGAGGUAAAGAGACUGCUGAGUGUAAACAAAGACAAAGAUAUUCAAUUCAAGCAUGACCUGAGAAAGAAAGAAAGAGAGUGCAAUAAACUGAAGGAGAGAAUACAUCAGCUGCUGGCAGACAAAACACCAAGUAGGAGAGUAGGUUUAGAUAUUGCAUACUCCUUACAAAGUUCUGAUGGCAAGAGGAGCACCUGGAAGACCACCUCUAACAAACAAGAUGAAAUGUACCAGCACUUAAUGACUAUGUAUGAAGAAAAGCAAAAGGAAUUGUUGGUAGAAAACGCAGAACUAAGGACAAGCCUGAAACAUGUUCACAAGGACAUCAGUAAAGCUCUUGGGCUUCACGAUCACGUCAUCUCUGCCUCUACAAAGUCCACAAUGCCACAAGAGUCAGAGCCUUGCUCCAGUGAAGAAGAGUUUAGUACCUACCCAUCAGUCUCUACAUGUAGGUCACAUGACUCAGAUGGUUACUUCCAGAUGCCGUAUGACAUGAUUAGGGAAAACUUAGAGAACAUGUUCAAAGAAAGAUCAAAGAAAUUAAAAGAAAGAAGAAAAAGAAAACUGCCUAGUCCAACCAAACCUGCCAAAUCUAGUCCUCCUAAGCCAAAUAAACCUGGUGAUAUGGAACAGUUCAAGAAAGAAAUAGAAAUACUGAAAAAGCAGAUCAAGACAUAUGAAGAUCAGAUUGAAAAACAUAGGAGAGAGAAGGAAAAUUAUAAAGAAGUCAUACAGCAACAGGAGGACAUGAUACAGAAUGCCAUUCAAACACAGAAACACCAACAGUCAGGAGAGCUGUUUCUGGAUGACUCCAAGCUUGUACAGGAAAAAGAAAGUCUAUCUGAGCAUCAGAAAUUAUUUCGUGAAGAGAAAAUCAACUUUAUAGAGGAAAGAAAACAGUUAACAGAGGCAACCAUUAAACUGGGCAAAGAGAAAAGGGCCCUAGACGAAGAGAAAACUGCCAUAUUGAAGACUCAAUUUCUGCAGAUUUCUCCCUUCAGAUCUCCUAGAGACAAGUCCACACCUCAUAAAGUCGAUUCCGUCCGCCUCCUUCCAUCCACUCCCCAGUUUUCACCUGCUCCCUCAGGACAGCCGAAGACUCCCUCCACUGUUGAACUCUUACGAUUCUUGGGAAUCACACCAAAGGAACAGUUUCUACAGCACAAAAACAGCUCAUCAGAAGAGAACAGCGAAUUAAAGCGAUCCCUCAGCUCGGAGUACCUCAACAACAACAACACGACAACAGACUUCACCAACCAUGACUUUUCUGCAUUCUCUGAUAACGAGUCUAGCUUGGCCAGGAGAAGUCUGUUUCAGCGGCGUUCCAGUACUGGAAGUAAUGAGGACCUGGGUGUCUAGCAGAAAAUUGUGGCCUUUGUAGGCUGGGGUCGUGAUAUUGUUGCUUGAAAUGUGCUACAUUGUUUACAUCAUCGUAAUUGUGCAGGGUAUAUAUUUUCCAUUUCCUUGCUGGUGGAGUACAUCAUAAGAAAUAUUUUUGCAUACAAAGGAGGUUUAAAAUUGCAAUUACAUGCAUUGAGAUGCUGCUUUAUAUAAAAAAUUACAUAUCAAAUAAUGUACAUUGUAUACAGACUAACUGCAUCUUUUGAAAUGUAAUUAUAAUGAAAUCAUUUAUGGUUCUAUUCUAAAAAGGAAAUGAUUAGGAAAAAAAUUGUCCCUAAAUGGGGGGGGGGGGGGGGGGGUUUGUUUAUGUUAAUGGUCAUAUCAAGUUAAAGUUGAUGCCAGCAGCAUGGCUGACUCUGUAAAUUGAAUGUAAAAUGCCUAUUUAUAUAUUGUUGUUUGUGCCGUUUCUAUUCCACUUUAUACAAAACUAUGUACAAUUUUUUUAACAUGAUGGAGAUUUUAUAAACUUUCUGCUUAUCUUUGUAUUUUUAUGAAAAAUGCAGUGUUUACGAGGUGAAUCAUGAGUUUGUGAGGAGAAUCAUGUGUUCAGUUUUUCAUACAUAUCAAUUUUUAUGUAACCUACCAAAUGGCAUAUCAUAUCUCAUUGGGGACUUCUACCACCUAAAAUACAUUCCAUAUUGCAGUAUGUGAAAUAGUGCCUUGUUAUUUUGAAUUUUUAAACAUGUCUACUUGUAUUCAUUGAUGACUUUUCAGAUUGUUUUUCUGAACGAUUUAAAAAUUAAAAAAUGUUUACUUUUCAACAAA